AUGGCCCAACCGCCUUCCACUCCGUCGGGUGCUACUCACUCCAUCUUUGGAUCUGGACCCUCGUUAUCACAGGUUUCAAGCGGCCUCCAAGCUUCAUCCAGCACGACUCUCACUCCUGGCUCGGCAGCCUCGUCCAACAAUACUUUCCUCAUGCCGAAUUCGCCAGUCAAGGGCAGACACGCCAAUGAAGGUUACAGUUACCGUCCAAAAGUUACGAGAACUUUAGGUCAACGUCCAGCUUGUUUGGUUAAUGCUUCAGUGACCUACUGUGGCAACAAUCAAAUCUAUGCUUUCGGUGGAUUUGAUCAGUAUACAGAUGAAGUUUACAACCAUGUCCUUCGACUUGACAUGGUCAGUCACCAGUGGAGUCUGGUUGACAACUAUGGUGAUAUUCCUGGGGUUCGAAUGGGUCACACGGCUACACUCUAUCAAGGCGAUAAGCUGCUGAUCUUUGGCGGCGAAAACGAACAUCGGACCUACCUCUCAGAUCUCAUUAUAUUUGACCUCAAGACAGCGCACUGGACUCAGCCUACCGUGUCUGGUCCUGUUCCAAAAGGUCGAGCACGACAUGCCGCAGUUUUGCAUGAUGAUAAGCUUUUCAUAGUUGGUGGAAUAACCGGCCACAACAAUUACGUUCUCGAUGAUAUAUGUUAUCUCGAUUUGAAGACCUUCACAUGGUCUAGAGCUUGGAGAUUUGUCGGCAGAUUUGAUCACUCAGCAUAUCUGUGGGGCGACAAAGUCUGGGUGUUUGGUGGUCUUAGCGAGGACAUGGACAAGAUCGGGGAUAUAUGGUGGUUGGAUUUAAAAGGCAGUCCGGCAUUUGAUUCUCCCCCUCCAUUUGGAUCUCUCGAUAGACAGACAUCAUCCGGUCGAGGCGGAUCCCCACGGGCGCCCUAUGCCAUGGCGCCUCCUCCCGCAGUCGGGAGUUCUGGGUAUGCAGCAAAUUCAAGCAGUGCGCAGGUCAAUCCACCUUCGUUCCAACUUACAACUUCCCCACCCGUCGCGCCUGGAGCUAUCUCGUCACUAAAAUUCUUGUCUGGCCCCAACGUACCCGCACAAGGAUCUGGAAUGCAUUUUCACGUUUAUACGUCUGGCACUCUUUUAGAUUUUGUGACGCCAGCUGCUACCAUAACUCCACAGGAGUGCUGCUUAUCAUCUUUAGAACUCGACACUCUUCGAUGGCAGAAGUUAGCAGAAGGCCGAGAAAUUUUCAAGCCUGGAUACCGAUGGCAUUAUUGCACGAUGAAUGAAGAGGGCACAAAGGCCUGGCUUCUUGGAUGUCCUACAGAUCCAACUGCUACAGACUUAGGUCCAGGUGGUUUUGAGGAAUACCUUAGCGACAUCAUGGAGAUUGACCUUCGUCGGUACGGCUUGUUGGGAAAUAGUUUGACACCUGAAUCACGGACAGAGAUGUCUCGGCUACCUUCAACAGAUCGCUCGGUGAGGCCAACAUCAAAAGGCCUUGGCCAGGAUCUUGCAAAGCUAUUUAAUCAACCUCCAGAAACUGGCAGUGGAACGGAUUUUACUGUGACAGCGCUGAAAGAUGGCGACUGGGACGAUGAUGAAAUAAUGAGUUCCAGCAUGAUGAGGACUGAUGAACAACAAGAAACUUGGCUAUCUCCUGAUGCUACUACAUCACCGCCUAUUCAUGUCCAUAAACUAAUUUUACAAGCACGCUGGCCGCAUUUUGCUCGACUCUACAACGCCCAGAUGGCCGAAUUCCACACCAAAAAGAUGCAUAUAUCUAGCCCGUACACAGUUGUCAAGGCUUUUCUUUACUACCUCUACACUGACAGCAUCAAUCCGAGGGAUUGUGGUGAUUUGAAUGAUGUUGCGGGCUUGCUGGUCUUGUCCGAUAUGUACAACAUUCCACACUUGCGACUUCUCUGUGUGAACAGACUCUCGAAAGAGCUGGAUGUUGACCAUGCUUGCAUCAUAUGGCAUUGCGCUGGCAUCGCAAAUGAAGAGUGGCUUCGAAGAUGCGCCGCCAAUUUUUGUCUUCUUCAUUGGGGUCGUGUUGUGCGUACUCAAGGGUUCCUACGACUUCCCCGUACUGCGCUUGUAGAACUUUCUCAGGAAAUUGAUAUGGAAGGACGUGUUGUUGGAGGUGAAGAACUAGAAUACGUUGGUGGGCUGGGAGGAGCCCGAUUUGGGUUCGGGGGAGCCACACGCAAAGCCAGUAUCAGCAGCAAUCAAACGCAACAUCUCGGUUCCGAAACUGACGAGAACGAGGAAAUGGAAAUGUCUUAA